GCGAGUCGGGCCGCCGGGAGCCGCGGUCGCCGGGAGCCGCCCGCCGGGGAACGGGUCCAGCUGCGGGCCGUGGCGCCGAAGAGGACGAGGGGCGCCGCCACCGCGGAGCGCCGGGCGCCUCGGCGGGCCGGAGCUGGAGGAGCCGUGCGCUGGCCGCCGGCGUGCGGCGGGACGGGAGCCCCUCGGAGGGGCCGCCCGGGAGGAGCGGCUGCGGCCCGAGGGUAAAAAUAAGUGAUUAAAGAACCAUACCUGGGAGUCAUCUAACAUGUCGAGGAGAAGAUUUGAUUGCCGAAGUAUUUCAGGCUUGCUAACUACAACUCCUCAAACUCCAAUGAAAAUGGAAAACUUUAAUAAUUUUUAUACACUUACAUCUAAAGAGCUGGGAAGAGGAAAGUUUGCUGUGGUUAGACAGUGUAUAUCAAAAUCUACUGGCCAAGAAUAUGCUGCAAAAUUUCUAAAAAAGAGAAGAAGAGGGCAGGAUUGUCGAGCAGAGAUUCUACAUGAGAUUGCCAUACUUGAAUUGGCAAAGUCUUGUCCUCAUGUAAUUAAUCUUCAUGAAGUCUAUGAAAAUACCAGUGAAAUCAUUUUGAUACUGGAGUAUGCUGCGGGUGGAGAAAUUUUCAACUUGUGUUUGCCUGAGCUGGCUGAAAUGGUUUCUGAAAAUGAUAUUAUCAGGCUCAUUAAACAAAUACUUGAAGGAGUUUGUUAUCUACAUCAGAAUAACAUUGUACACCUUGAUUUAAAGCCACAGAAUAUAUUAUUGAGCAGCAUAUAUCCUCUUGGAGAUAUAAAAAUUGUAGAUUUUGGAAUGUCUCGAAAAAUAGGAAAUGCAUGUGAACUUCGGGAAAUCAUGGGAACACCAGAAUACUUAGCUCCAGAAAUCCUGAACUAUGAUCCUAUUACCACAGCAACAGAUAUGUGGAAUGUUGGUAUAAUAGCAUAUAUGUUGUUAACUCAUACAUCUCCAUUUGUGGGAGAAGAUAACCAAGAAACAUACCUCAAUAUUUCUCAAGUUAAUGUAGAUUAUUCAGAAGAAACUUUUUCGUCAGUUUCACAGCUGGCCACAGACUUUAUCCAGAGGCUUCUAGUAAAAAAUCCAGAGAAAAGACCAACAGCAGAAAUCUGCCUGUCUCAUUCUUGGCUACAGCAGUGGGACUUUGGAAACUUAUUUCAUCCUGAAGAAACCUCCAGUUCCUCUCAAAGUCAAGAUCAUUCAUUAAGGUCCUCUGAAGACAAAACUUCUAAAUCCUCUUGUAAUGGAACCUGUAGUGAUCGAGAAGACAAAGAGAAUAUUCCAGAGGACAGCAGCAUGGUUUCCAAAAGAUUUCGCUUUGAUAACUCAUUGCCCAAUCCCCAUGAACUUGUUUCAGAUUUGCUGUGUUAGCACUUUGCUCUUUGACUUAUUUGGACUGAAUUUGGGCUACUCCAAUGUGAGAUUGUAGUUUGUAGCUUCAUUUAUGGCAUGUUUAUAUUGUAAAUGCACUUUUGCAGAGAAAAGUUUAGGGAAGUGUUUUGAUGCUAAAUUACUGGUUACCAGCAUAAUUUCAUUUCCUGUUCUGAGAUAUUAACUCUAAAAGAAGAAAUAUUUUAAAAUAUGACAAAAAAUAAAAUGCAUGUGAGUUUACAUGGUAAUGAAAUAAUUCAAGUUCAAAUGGAUUUAUCACAAUGUUUUACAGAUGAGGGAAACAGUGAUUUGGGUUUUAUUAUGGUUGAAAUAAACUCAACAAAACGAAGACAUUUGAAUUUAAUAGGUUCUCUAAGGUAAGUCCUACACCAUGCCUCUAUUGACAAAGUUUUGUUAGGAUAAUAGUGUCAAGUUUAAGAAUAUGUACUAUUUUAUAGAUGCUCAAGGAAUAUUUUAUACUUGAAAAUAUUUCAAUCAUAAAUAUUUUGAAACUGCCUAAGAUUUCCAGGAUGUGGUCUGCUACAUGAGACAGGUGUUUUAACCAGAGCCAAGAGGAAAUUAGAAACCUGAUUAGGAAUAUCCUAUACAAGUUGGAGCAGAAAAAAAAAAAAAAAAAAAAAAAGCAGCAUGGCAUCAUUUUUUAACUCAACUGUCUUUUGCCCUCUCGCAACAUACUUCAGAUUUAAUAAGGUCUGAAAGAUGGAAAAUUAGAUGGUGUAGUGGAUUUUCAUCUAGAAUUUCAGGAGUAGAAGAUACUUACACAAAACCAUGUGCUCCAUUUUGGGUGACAAAACAUAUUUAUUAAUUAAAUGUGGGGGAAAAAAUGCUGCCUGAAUUUGGCAACUUACAGAAUUGUAGAUGUUUUCUAAGUCUUAGGAUAUAAGCCAAUCAUUUGGAGUUCUAAAAGUACGCAUAAAAAUAUAUCACAGCCCAGUAAGACUAUUAACUCAGGGCCAGAGUCCGUGACAGCGAGGUGGACAUGAUCAUAAAACCUGGUGACAUCAUGCUCUACUCACAUGUAAGAUUCCAGUGAGUGAUGAGGCUCAGCAGAAGGUGAUCUGCAGCGUGACCUUUAAUGGUCUUUUGCUGAGACCAAUGCAAGUAAGAGUCUAAGGUCAGCAGAGUGGCUGGUGACUGUUGUGCUAAUAGAGGAGAAAUGUAUUCCUUUUUUGGUUAUCUUUGAUGACUUGGCACCUGGUUACUAUUAAAGAUUCAGUUAUAUUACCAUGCUGGGUUAAUUGUAACCUCAUGACCAUGUUACUAUAUUAAAAGAAAUUAUAUUUUGACAAAAAAAUUCUUGAGUUCCCCCCUUGAAUUGUAUAUUACUCUAAUUUGGUAAGAUUACAAAAAACUUAAAACUAUUAAUAGCCAUCAGUUCACUUUAUUUGGCUAACUGGUGAAUUCUUUUUAAAUCUUUAGCAUUUCUUAAAGGAAAUGUGAUUUCUAUUUGUGUGUGCAUAUGUGUAUAUGUAUAGGUAUAUGUAUUUAUGUAUAGAUAGAUAAAAUAUAGUCUUUAGACAACUUCUCUUAGAGAUUCUUUGCUCUACUAUAUUGUGUUCAACUCAGGUGCCAAAGGAGCUCUCUUCUGAUGGACAUGUAAAUAUACAUUUAAGUUCUUUAAGAAGUAGUUUGUUGGUUCAAUAAACUAGCCAUUACAGAAGCUAAAUUGGGCUCUUGUAUAUCUAAAACUGAGAAGUUUUUUUCUAACAUGUUGAUCAUCCAUUUAUUUGCCUUCCAUACUAAGCUAAUGCAGGUAAAGCUUGGUAAGCCAUUGGUGAAGAGGAUUUUUUACAAAAGAUCAUAUUUUUAAAUUUCUAGAGGAAUUUAUGCCAUAGUAAAAAUUAAGAAUAAAAAAAGUUUGAAUUUUAAAUUAUAAGCUAAUUCUUAAAAAGUAUUUUAUACCAGCUUUCUUUUAAUCUGAGGAAUCUUAAAAUAGUUCAUAUGCUGCCCUUUAGUAAUAGAAUACACAAAGUUGUAAAUUUCAUAUCUUUUUUCCUAUUUUUAUUGUAAAAAAUAAAAAAUAGUUGCACAAACAGUAUAAAAAUGCAAUUUCUUCGUAAAAGUGAAUUUAAAUAUUUUCACUGUUUGAAGUAUGAAAAUAAAUGAAACCAGUAUUUAGAGAGAAUCUAACAAAUGAUUCCAUUUUUUUUCUCCAAAGAUUGAAAACAAGUAUCUAUCAGAAGUGGAUGAAGUAUCUUGUUAAAAGUAGGAAUCUUAGUCCCUGUCAGGUGAACAGAUGUCAGUAACACUUAAACACAUCUGAAAAUUAAUGUUAAAUUGUGAUGAGUUUAUAAAGUUUAAUAACUUUGCUUUUUGGAUAGAUAGGGUUAAAAAAAUAAAGUAUAGAAGACAGUUACAAUUGUUAUUUUAAUUUUUUUCUCCACGGUCAAGUUAACUCAGUGGUAAAGUUAUAGUGGCACUUUAAGGACAUAAGCAGUAUGUGUUCUGCAGCCGGUAAGGAGAUAAGGCACCUGUGCCAGAGUAUAUAUCAGUACAUUUCUUCCUUUAAAGAAAGUCUUGUUAUAAAAAAAAAAAGCUGAUUAAUGAUAUAAUUGAUUUUCAUUCUGGCACAAGUUCUUUCUUUCGUUUGGGAUGGGUUGCUAAUAGCUCAUGGACCAUACUUUGAAUAGCCUUGCUCUAAGCAAUGUUUAUAAAUUGCUAGUUUAUAACUGUUUACAUUUCUUCUGUUUAUUUUUGAAUUUUCAUCUUUAUAUCUGUCUUGCAAACUUGUCUUUAUUCAUUGUUGUGUUAACAAUUGUACUUAAAUUUCAAAUUGUUUUAAGAUUAAGUUACCUGACUUCAAUUUGGAGAAAUAUUAUCAAUUUAUAAUUUUAUAAGAGUUUAAAGAAUUUUAAAUUCUAAUUGUUAAAUUCACACAAAUUACAAGUGCCCUCAACCUUCAUGAAAUAAUCAUGUUGCUUACGCAUAUUGACUGACAUUAUGAUGAAUAUUUCGGUAAAAAAAAAACAAAAAACCUUAUAUCAACUUAAUGGUCCUUUUGGUUAAAAAUUAAAAAGCACUUUUUUACAUC